AUGCUCGGCCAGAUCGGCCUGGCGUUCGGCUGCGUUAACUACCUAUCCACGCCGAGCGAGAACAUCGCCGCGCCCAGACCCACCGCCGCGGCCUCGAGGCAGAGGGUACACCCGGAGGACUCGACCUCCUCGCGAGAGAAGCUGGCGAUACCGCGGCUAGCGAGCGCCGAGGACAAGACGCCGUCACCGAACGCGUUCGAUGUCACGAUACAGCCGAAAAUAUCACCGCUGCUGGCGAGCUCGUGCACUCCGACCACGGAGUCGCGCACGAUGACGCUGUACGGGUACAACGCGGCCGCCAAGCUGCCGUUCGCGUUCUCGCACGGCGCGCACGGCGCGGAGCUGGCGCGCGCCGAGCGCCGCAGUUUGCGCGUGGCGCGCCCGCCACCCGCCGCAGGUCGGAUGGUGCGCAGCGCCUCAUCGGGGGCGCCGGCUGAGCAUGCGCCGGCGCCGCCCUCCCGCCUAGUAGCUCGCGCGCACUUCGCAGGUCCGCUCGCCACCCACCGCCACCCACUUUAUCGUCCGACACUAUUUAAUAUCGCUUAA